UGCUUCACGCCCGUAAGCUCACACAGGCAUACAGGCUUCGACAGAGCUCGCCAAGGAGGAACUGAGGACGCAAUUAGGAACGCCGACUCCCCGACUCGCUGAACGCCGCCCUGCUUCCUCUCGGCUUCUCGGCCUUCUCGGAAACAGGAAUCUCAGGCUCCCAGAGUGACGGCUGUCGGCUUCUCAGUCCAGGCGUCCAGCUCCAAGUUCCAACUAUCCAAUCCUUGAGGGGAAAGGGAGGUUGAGAAAGGAGUUUUUGGUUAGGUUGCUACUGAGAAAAUGCCUUCGAUGUCUUCCAGUAACUCUGUGCACAAAUUUUACACUGUGAAUAACAGACCGUUGAAGAAACCCAAAACAGAUGACUUAGGCAGGGGGCAAAAGAUUGAGCGUCAGAGAAAAGCUCUGCCAAUUGCUCAAUUGGAAAAAGAACUUUUGGAGGAUGUUAGGAGUAAUGACACCUUGAUUGUUGUUGGGGAAACUGGAAGCGGGAAGACUACACAGUUGCCCCAAUAUCUUUACAAUUGGGGGUUCUGCCGCGGUGGAGGGAUUAUCGGGGUAACUCAACCUAGGCGUGUUGCUGCUGUGACGGUUGCAAAACGGGUCGCCGAGGAAUGUGGCAGCCCAUUGGGCCAAAAGGUUGGAUAUGCAGUUAGGUUUGAGGAUAUAACCUCCAGCUCAACAAGGAUAAAGUACAUGACAGAUGGGUUGUUAUUGAGGGAAGCAUUAUUGGAUCCUUUCCUUUCAAAGUAUUCUGUUAUUAUUGUUGAUGAGGCUCAUGAGAGAACAGUCCACACUGAUGUAUUGCUUGGCUUGCUAAAAAAUGUACAAAAGAUGAGAGUGAAUAUUGAUCAUCAUGCAGGAGGAGAAGAAGCCAAGAAAGGGUUACUCUCAUUGGACAAACAAAAUGGGGCUAAUAAGUUAUCUCCUUUGAGGUUGAUUAUCAUGUCUGCCAGUCUGGAAGAACAUUUAUUUUCUGACUACUUUGGUGGUGCUAAAAUUGUUCACGUUCCAGGGCGGCAACACGAAAUUUUAGAUUAUUAUACGUGCCAACCUGUCAGUGAUUACUUAGAUGCAGCUUUGAUUACUAUAUUUCAGAUACAUUUAGAGGAAGAUCCUGGUGAUAUACUUGUUUUCUUGACUGGCCAAGAAGAAAUAGAAUCUAUGGAGAGGCUUGUCAAUGAGCAACUGCCGCAAUUGUCUGAAUCCAAACGAAAUCUUAUAACCUGUCCAAUAUUUUCAUCUCUUCCAUCAGAGAAACAGAUGAAGGUUUUUGCACCUUCUCCUGCUGGGUUCCGUAAGGUUAUACUAGCAACAAAUAUUGCUGAGACCUCAGUAACAAUACCAGGAAUAAAAUAUGUGAUUGAUCCUGGUAUGGUUAAAGUACGCACUUAUGAGGCAUCCACAGGGAUUGAACCACUAAUCAUUGUGAAAACUUCAAAAGCACAAGCACAUCAGAGAAGAGGACGUGCGGGGCGUGAAGGACCUGGAAAAGUAUACCGACUUUACCCGGAGGAUGAAUUUGCAAGACUCAAGGAUUCGACUACUCCUGAGAUCAAAAGAUGCAAUCUUUCAAAUGUUAUUUUGUAUCUCAAAGCACUUGGCAUCGAUGAUAUUAUCAAUUUUGAUUUCAUUCAAAAGCCUGACAGGAAUGCAAUCAUAAAGUCAAUGGAGUUGCUAUUCAUGUUAGGUGCACUAACAGAAGAAAGCAAACUGUCUGAUCCGAUUGGGAAACAAAUGGUGAAGCUUCCACUUGAUCCUGUCUACUCUAAAGCACUCAUUGUCGCCACCCAAUUCAACUGCUUAGAGGAAAUGUUGAUUGUUGUUGCUAUGCUAUCUGUAGAAUCUGUGUUUUAUGCCCCCCGCGAAAAAUUGGAAGAGGCUCGAAUUGCUUUGAAAAGCUUCUCAAGUCCAGAAGGAGACCAUUUGACUUUGCUGAGUGUAUAUCGGACAUACGAUGAGUUCUUGCAAAAGCAUGACUUAGUGAAUGACAGUAAAGGAAAAGCUGGAAAGAAUGUAAGAAAAUGGUGCAAGCAAAAUUUCAUCAAUAGCCGGUCCUUAAAACAUGCCCAUGAUAUCCACAGUCAAAUACGAAGGCAUGCAGAGCAAAUGGGUUUAAAGGUCAUUUCAUGUGGUGGAGACACUCUUUCCUUCCGUAGAUGCUUAGCUGCUUCGUUUUUCCUGAAUGCAGCUUUAAAGCAACCUGAUGGUAAAUACAGGGCUUUGUCCAGUGGACUUAUGGUGCAAAUCCACCCCACGUCGGUUCUAUUCCAAACAAAGCCUGAGUGUAUAAUCUUUGAUGAAAUCAUCCGAACUAACCAUAAUUAUGUUCGCAACGUCUCCAAAAUUGAUUGCUCAUGGUUGGCUGAGCUGGCUCCUCAGUGUUAUGCUCUUCAGGAAUAGGAUAGUCAAUAGAUACCAUUGUUUACUACAGUGUUGUUUUAUUUAUUCGCACAUUCAUUCAUUAAUGACAUAAUUCUCUCUGACCCGUGAUAAUGGGCAUGUGUUGCAUGACAUCUUCAUGAGAAUAAUAUGUAGUUUCUAUUCAUGAAAAGUGGGUUCUCUUUAAUUUGUAAUAUCCAUUCAAUAGAGUUGGAUUUCAAUACCCUUAUCUUGUUUUAAAACAGAGCUACCCACUUGCACUUGUAAAUUGUGAUGAUGUGUAUGGAAGAGUUCGGUUUUGUGUCAUUAGACUUUUAGUGUACUCUUGUUAUGUUCUGCUUUGUGCCAUUUGACUUUU